CUUUUAAUAAGUACGUGUUUCAUAUUCAUUUCGUUCCUACUAAGGGAUAGACAUCUCUAUCGAUUUCACAUUAUCGCUAUAUUAAUCGAUUACUUCACGAAAAUGCUGCCACUUUCACUUUUAAAAACAGCACAGAGCCAUCCCAUGUUGGUGGAGCUGAAAAAUGGUGAAACAUACAAUGGUCAUCUGGUCAGUUGCGACUCGUGGAUGAAUAUUAAUCUGCGCGAUGUUAUUUGCACCUCAAAGGAUGGCGAUCGGUUUUGGCGCAUGCCCGAAUGUUAUAUCCGCGGGAGCACCAUCAAAUAUCUGCGAAUUCCCGACGAAGUAAUCGACAUGGUCAAGGAGGACGCGCAGGCCAAGUCGAGGAAUCGCACAGAGAUGAACAAAAACCGCGGCGGCAACUCGUCGCAAAAUCAGCGCGGCGGACGUCAGGGUGGCGGCAACCGCAACAAUGUCGGCAAUCGUCCUGGCCAGGGAUACGGAGGUGCUGCUAACAACGCGAUGCGCCUGGGUGGCGCUGCUGGCCAAGGGAACCGUCUGCCCCACGCCGCCAAAAAUAGGAAAUAGUUGUUCGGAUCGUAGUAAUAAAUUCUUUUCAACCAUUUCAAGUCACGUAUUUAUUAUUAAAAAGUUGACAUUUUUACACAGUCUCGAUAAUUUCA